GAAAAAGCUUAGUGUAAUAAGCACCAUUGUUGUGACCACAAAAAUAGUAGAGAGAACGAGCAUGAUGAGCUUACUAACGACGCCUACGAUUCUCCCCUUCGGAAGUCGCAGUUUUCCGCCGUUUGCGACGAAGAAGCUAAGAGCGAGUUGCAGUCUGAGAGACGAGGGUCCUCUGUCCACCGCUGCGGCUUACGCCGUGCUUGGAGUGGACCCUCACUGCUCCGCCGCCGACAUGAAAGCUGCUUUUCGAGCCAAAGUGAAGCAGUUCCAUCCAGACCUCAACAACACAACACCUUCCGAUGCCAUGAUUCGCCGUGUAAUUGAAGCCUACCGGAUACUAUCCAACUGCACCCCAUCGCAAUUAAUUGAAAGGGAAUGCUUAGAUCCCUUUGACACGCCCGAGUCUGAAGCUUUUGACCUUUUUGUUAACCAGCUCUUUUGUGUCGGCAAAGCCUGUUCAAGUUCCUGUGUGAAAAGAGCUCCUCAUGCUUUCACGUAUGACGCUUCAACGGGAACAGCACGUGCAUCUUCUCAAGGUCACGGGGACGAUUACCAAGUUCAAUGUGCUGUUGGACAAUGCCCUAGAAGUUGCAUUCAUUACGUGACCCCAUCACAAAGAAUUCUCUUGGAGGAGCUACUUGACAGUAUACUAGAAGCACCCUAUGAUACAUCAGCUGAAGCAGACUUGCUCUAUUCACUUAUAACCAAAGCCAAGUUUGAGAAUAACCGAUAUCAAAACCAAAGAAGCAACCCAAAGCUUCAAGCCAGCAUGUCGAUUGGUUUUAACUUUUGGAUAGCAACUCUGCCCAUAUAUUCAGUCCCCAACCUAUAGCUCUGACAUUGGUGGGUCAUGGUUUACAAUACACUACCAGUUGCUAGAUAUCAGAAGUUCAUAGGAGCCUUAUACCUCAUUUCUCUGAAACAUACGCGAUGUAUUUAAGUUACAUACAAUUUCUGAUCUAUCUAUAUAUAUAUAUAUGAAUUCAUUUUAUCUCA